CGGGGGAGCCCCCAGAACAAGAACAUUAUGUUGCUGAAACGAAGCCUCACAGCGGCUCCUGCAAAGAACUAAGUCCGUGAGGUUGCACACAGAGCCACAAACCUUUUUUGGUGGGAUCCCCUCGGGCCAGGGGCAGGACAAGGGGGGAGGCAGAAACUGGAUCCUUCUGCACAAAGAAAACAUUCUGAAGAGCCGAUCAGGAUUUCUGUAGGUCAACAGCAAGCACCAUCCCCUUCUUAACUGCAAGCAAGAAAAAUGAAGCACAUUAUCAAUUCGUAUGAACACACCAACGACACAGCAAGAAAUAACUCUGAUUGUCCUGAUGUAGUUCUGCCAGAAGAGAUAUUUUUCACAAUCUCCAUCAUUGGAGUUUUGGAGAACCUGAUCGUCCUCCUGGCCGUGAUCAAAAAUAAAAAUCUCCAGUCCCCCAUGUACUUUUUCAUCUGUAGUUUGGCCAUUUCCGACAUGUUGGGCAGUCUGUAUAAGAUCUUGGAAAAUAUCCUGAUCAUGUUCAGAAACAUGGGCUAUCUCAAGCCUCGUGGCAGUUUUGAAAGUACAGCAGAUGACAUCAUUGACUGCAUGUUCGUCCUCUCUUUGCUGGGCUCGAUCUUCAGCCUGUCUGUGAUUGCAGCUGACCGCUACAUCACCAUCUUCCAUGCCCUGCAAUACCACAGCAUUGUGACCAUGCGACGCACCGUCAUCACCCUAACGGUUAUCUGGAUGUUCUGUACGGGGAGCGGCAUCACCAUGGUGAUCUUCUCCCACCAUAUCCCCACAGUGCUCACCUUCACCUCGCUGUUCCCUUUGAUGCUGGUUUUUAUCCUGUGUCUCUACAUCCACAUGUUCUUACUUGCCCGUUCCCAUGCUAGGAAGAUCUCUACCCUUCCUAGAGCCAACAUGAAGGGUGCCAUGACCCUGACCAUCCUUCUUGGAGUCUUCAUCUUCUGUUGGGCUCCCUUUGUGCUCCAUGUUCUCUUAAUGACCUUCUGCCCAAAUAACCCUUACUGUGUUUGCUACAUGUCUCUUUUCCAGGUCAAUGGCAUGUUGAUUAUGUGCAAUGCAGUUAUUGACCCCUUUAUAUAUGCCUUUCGGAGCCCAGAGCUCAGAGAGGCAUUCAAAAAGAUGCUCUUCUGCAACAGAUAUUAGUAGAGCUUUUGAUCCCUGCUUUGAGUGUUGUAAAGGAA